GGCCGUUCCUGUACUUGUCCCUGUUCAGAGCGCAGAUGUGCUGCUGAACAGGUAGAGAUAUCCUUCUACGAAGGUACAGGAGGCAAGAGACCUCACAUCAUUUUCAGUGAUGGAAGUCAACCACACAGCAGAUAUCCUAGGCUCUGCCUACCUGGCAGUGGAGUAUGUAGACUCCAUGUUACCUGCCAAUCCACUGCAGGAGCCCCUGAAGAGUGCCUGGAACUACAUGCUCGAUAACUACACCAAGUUCCAGAUCGCCACCUGGGGUUCGCUCAUCGUUCACGAGUUCAUCUACUUCCUCUUCUGUCUUCCUGGUUUUAUUUUCCAGUUUUUGCCGUUCAUGCAGAAAUACAAAAUACAGCAGGACAGACCAGAGACAUGGGAAAAACAGUGGAAAUGCUUUAAGAUGCUGCUGUUCAAUCACUUCUGCAUCCAGCUGCCCUUGAUCUGCGGGACAUACCACUUUACCGAGUUCUUUGCCAUUCCCUACGACUGGGACUCCAUGCCCAGAUGGCCCUACCUGUUGGCGCAAUGCUUCGGUUGUGCGGUUGUCGAGGACGCCUGGCACUAUUUCCUCCACAGACUCCUCCAUCACAGGAGAAUCUACAAAUACAUCCACAAGGUCCACCAUGAGUUCACUGCUCCUUUCGGGAUGCAGGCAGAGUAUGCGCACCCCUUGGAGACCCUCAUUCUGGGAGCGGGAUUCUUCAUUGGGAUCAUGAUCUUCUGUAACCAUGUGACUCUGCUCUGGGCUUGGGUCACCUUCCGCUUGCUGGAGACCAUCGAUGUUCACAGUGGAUACGACAUCCCUCUGAACCCACUGCACCUCAUUCCCUUCUACGCCGGCGCUCGAUUCCACGAUUUCCACCACAUGAACUUUGUGGGAAACUACGCCUCUACCUUCACGUGGUGGGACAAGAUCUUCAGUACAGAUUCACAGUACAGCAAGUACAAAGAAAAGCAAGAACAGAAGAAAGAGGAGUGAGAAGCAGAAGGGAAACGCGGCCGGCUUUGCAGUUCUAUUUCACACCCCAGUAUCUCUGGGUUCCAUCAAGUUCAGCUCUACGGACACGAACCUAAGAUUAAGGCUUCUGUUAAAUCUUACCCCAAGUCCUUAACUUUGAGCUAAACAUUUAAGUAAAUGUUAACUUCCUUUUGUGCUUACACAGUUAUCAUCUUCAUCAGUUCAGGUUGUUUCAGGUUAUAGCUGAAAAUAAGAACAAGAUCUGAAAAAACAGUCAUUUCUGAAAUUCUCUUCUUGAAGCAUAAGUCCUUUGGGGUGCAGUUAAAUAGAGGCCAAAAUCAUGGCAGAGACUUUGGCAUUGGUAAUCAUUCUCUUUAGGUGCAUCAUCAUUAAUUGUCUGAUUAACAUGAGUAUAAUUACUUAGAUUUGGGUCACCUUACCAUUGCUGUUAAAAAAGCACUGUUGUCAGUGUGUGAAAAGUAAUUCCCCAUUGCUCUUAUUGGGCUAUAUGCUUAGUGUACUUGUCGCAGAUGUAGAUUUGGCAGAAUCAAAAGUUAAACAUUUUGGAGUUAACACACCAUCAGCUACAAUGGGUACGCAUAUAAACUUUUACUAGUGUAAGGUUUCUCUGGUGUGCUUGCUAUACACUUUGGGCUUUGGAUUAUAGUUCCCCUCCAACAGAAAUCAGCCAGUGUGCCUUUCUUUUUACUCUCCCAUUCUGCAGAUACUUAGUUCUGACGUGAACAUGGACAUGAACAUCAACAGGUUUAUGAUUAUUAGUUUUUAAUAUGGACAUAGAAAUGAACAGAUAUGCUUUACAUAUACACAUAUGUGGUACACAUACACAGUAUACAUGUCUACAACAUUUUGUAAGGGAUAAUAAAUUAUAUUUCUCAGAGCACUUUACAUCCCAUCUGUGAGAAUAAUGCACUGUAUUCCAUCUUGUGUAUUUGAACAGGAGAUGGUUUGUUUCUCUUAUGAUGUGUCUUGAAAAUAAACCAACAAAGCGUUGGAGUUUGUUGGAGUUGGUCAGGUUUAAAAACCAUUGGCAAAUUGCCCUGUUUUCUUAAACGAGUGUAUAUAGAUAUGCAGAUUACCACUGGAACGCGUUGCAUGGUGUUUGCAUGGGUAAAAAAUUACAUUGAAAUAUUUGUAAUGUUUUGAUUAAUACUGUUUAAAAGGUUGAACAAAUAAGACCGAAGAAAGCUCCUCAAAAAUUCUUGAGAACAGUACAGUGUGUUUCAGGAUGAUGUCAACUACUGAUUGUUGUUAUCCAAAGCAAAGAAUGAAAAGACAUUGUAUGGGCCAAGGUAGGCACCAUGCCUCUGAAAUAUCAAAGGAGAUGGGAAAUUCAUAAAGAGGUGUUUAAUUUUAAAAGUGUACAAUUUUGUCUCCCCUAUUUUCUGUACAACAGAACAACAGUAAACUGUCUGGCAAGCAUCUGUAAGGAGUGAAUAAAGUGGGGAUGAUUUUCAUAGUAAUGUGAAAGUAAUGUUGCACUCAUUUGGUGUUCAAAUUUGAAGUAACCACAUUGUGCUUCCUAUAUUCCUUUAGAACACAUAUGCUUUACAAUCAUGACAGUUUGUCACGCUUUGUCUUUUUCCUUUUUCCCUCAGUAAAUGGUUGCUGGAUGCAAUGCUCAAUAAUGUUAGUAUACACCCCAUAAACAGGAGGAUGGCAGUAGAGGGUGUGUUUUACCAGAAUGCACUCACAGGUGGGCUUUGGAACUUUGAGCUUUGGAAUUUGUGGAGUUUUCAUCUCAAAGUGCAGGUUUCCUAUAAUCUGACUGUCACUGCGAUUGUUUUAAUAAAACUGAAUGAUGCUUUUUUGAGAUUUGUGUGAGAUUGGGAUGUAUUAUGUUUAAAUUGGU